AUGAGCACAGCUGACCCGGGCAGCCAUGCAGCUGAGACGGGCCGGCCACGCAAACGGGCAGCCGAGGCCUGCACCUUCUGCCGUCGGAGAAAGAUCAAGUGCAGUGCCGAGAAGCCUACGUGUGCGAGUUGCAAGACGCAUGGAGCGACGUGCCAUUAUGAGCCCAUAGACGAUGCCCACCAGGCAUCGAGUCGUCCCCGCAAGGCGCCCCGGCGGGAACGAGCGUCUGAGUCGGCCGCGCCCCCAGCAACGUCGACUCCAGCUGCUGCAUCAACAACAACAUCGCCAGCCCAGCCGAGUUCCUCGACUCCUCAGAGCGUCUCGCGCAUCGUCGUCGCUGCCAAUGGCUCCUCCAGCUACCAUGGCCGCACGAGCGCUUUGUUCGACGAGGGUCCCCAUGAUCGCCCUGCGACUGAGGCUCGGCCGCAGAUGUCUGAUGAGUGGAUUGAAAGAGGUCUUGUAGCUGAGGCUGCGCGCCAGCGCCAGCUCGAGACAGUAAACUUCCGCCUUGGAAAGCUCGACUUUGAUGGCGUUGAGCCCGAGUUGGGCAUGCAUCUGCUGUCGUUGCAUUGGAACCGACAGCACCACUCCUUUCUGACCACCUAUCGUCCCGCCUUCAUGCGCGAUAUGGCCUGUGGCGGUCCCUACUUCUCCAAGCUCCUGCUCAAUGCCAUUUAUUUUGGUGCAUCCAAGUUCAGCCCACGCCACGAAGUCCGUCGAGUAGCCGACGACGUGCGCACUGCUGGCUGGCAGUUUCGCGAAAGAGUACGCGAGCUGCUUGGAGGCUCUCUUGACAGAAGCGAAAUCACAACGAUACAAGCAUUGCUCGUCAUGACGAAUUCGCUCUUCGCCCUAGGUGACGAACGCAGUGCUGCCUGGCUGUAUGCUGGCCUGGCCUUUCGCAUGAUUGUCGAUCUGGGUAUCCAUGUAGACACACCUGAGCUGGCAGGGAGCCGUAGAUUGUCUGAUGAAGACUACGAAAUCCGGAGACGCGUCUUCUGGGCUGCCUUUGUCGUUGACAAGAUCCAAAGUCUCUACCAGGGUCGGCCCGUCAGUAUCAAAGAGUCAGACACUCUUGUCCCCAUCAAAUUCCAAGACACAUUUGAAGAACUUGAGCAUUGGACCCCUUUUGCGUACUCGACGCAGUCAGACGCGGCUUAUUUGGGCUCUCCAGCCUACAGCGUUUCUACUUUUCGACAUCUCUGCCAACUCUCGGUCAUCCUAGGCGACAUCCUUAGCACAAUCUACACUGAACGAAGCUUCGACUCCAGCCCUGCGGAGCUGUCGUCCAAGCUAGAAAGCAUUCAUCUAAAGAUGACGACAUGGCGGAAAAACUUACCUGAGCAUCUUGCUGCCGAUGCACAGAAGGCUUCCGUGACGCCACCGCCACACGUGCUUAGUUUGCAUGCUCUUUACAAUGUUCUUACAAUACUUCUGCAUCGCCCAUUUGUUGCCGACGGCCACCUCUACAAUACUUCACGUGCCAUCUCUGUAAACUCCUUCAUGUCAUGCGCAACAGCCGCGGAUGACAUAGUAAAGCUCUUACGAGCAUACGAUAAAGCGUUUAGUGUGCGACGGGCGCCAUAUCUCAUCUCGUAUGCAACUUAUGUUGCUGCAACCAUUCACGCUCGCAUUGCCGCCAGACGCGGUCCAGGCUCACAUGCCCACAGGAGCCUGGAGACUUGCCUAGCCGUAUUCCGCGAAAACCAAGAAACGAAUUGGGCUGUCCGACGCGCCAAUGCAAUUGUUCAAAACGUGAUGAAGCGACUGGGGGUUGCAUCGCUGAACCCUGGCGAUGCUCAAAUUGACAGAGACGUUGGCGAUCGCAGUCACACCAGCACUCCCAAUGCAACAACCGGCAGCGCAAUGGGCCGUGAAGCCAGUCUGCAAAGCCUCGACAUUGAUGGUAUCAUACAAAGCUUCGUUCGUGAGCGAGAACAGGAAACAUUCCAUUCAGCGCAAACGGGCCCAACUGGGAACGCGGCUGUAUCCAAUGCACAUGGGCAUGUGCAGUCGCAGUGGCAAUAUGCAACCACGGAGAUACCGUCGGCCACAUCGCAUGCUGGACAGCAAGAUGCCAGCAGUAUUCCUUACGACAGCAAUGGCACGUGGAUAUUUCAAGGCCAGCAGCAGAUAUUCGAUGAGAACCUCGUGACUGUAGACGAUCUACUCUAUGGCUUCAAUGGUUCAGAGCUAGAUAAGUUCCCGAUGUUGGAUUGGGAUGUAUGA